AUGAAGAGUUUCGAAGUGCUUGUCCAAACUGUGGAGCAACUGAUCCGGGACAAAUCAGCCCCUGCCGAAGUUCUACAGAAGCUCACAUACCUCGUCCUGAGGCAUGAUCCUCAGGACGAGGUAAUUACACAUCCAGAGUCCUUUACUUCGUCGAGCAGUGGUACUUACAUACAUUCCUCUAUUCAACUUUUGCCUGAAAAUAUCGAGCUCUCAAAAGAUAUGCCGCUAAAAGAAGCGCAUACUAUCGGAGAGUCACUGCAGAUAAAGAUCGAAGAACUACCUGAAGUCGAGAGGGCAUUUGUGCAUCUCGAUUACGAGUGCGAGCACAAGCCUGAGCACUCUGUCCUCAUCCGGCUCCCCAGCAGCCAGCACUGA